CGCAGUGGGCCGCAGAGCCGCCAUGCCGGAGCCGCGCGGGUCGUCGCCGCUGCGGGUGAACGCGGCUUUCGCCGCGCGGUACGGCCGCUACCGGGAGCGCGAGGAGCUGCAGCGGCUGAAAGAUCGCUACGGGGACCGGGACAGCGGCGGCGACUCCAGCUCCGAGUCUGACUCCAGCGACGAGCGCGUGGAGUUUGACCCCCAGCAGGAGCGCGACUUUUACAGGACUCUCUCCUUGUUGAAGAAGAGGGACCCCCGCAUUUACCAGAAAGAUGCCACCUUCUAUCAGAGGCCAGCAUUGUCCUCGCAGAGCGAGGAGGAGCCCGAAGCCAAGGAGAAGCCCGAGAAGGUGCGGCCGAUGUACCUGAAGGACUAUGAGAGGAAGGUGAUCUUGGAGAAAGAAGGCAAAUAUGUUGACGAGGAGAACUCAGAUGGGGAGACCUCCAGUCAGAGACUCCAGGAGGUCUCGUCUAAAAGUUACGUGGAAGAACAGAAACAGCUCAAGGAAAGCUUCCGCGCGUUCGUGGAGGACAGCGAGGAAGAGGACAGCGCCGGGGAAGGUGGCUCUGGGUUGCUGCAGAAACGUGCUAAAACCAGGGAGGAGAAGGCCCAGGAGGAUGCUGAUUACGUCGAAUGGCUGAAGGGGCAGAAGGAGAUUCAGAACUCGGACACCUUGAAAGAACUGAGUCACCUUAAAGAAUACUGGAACAACCCAGAGCUGGACGAAGGGGAGCAGUUCCUGCGGGAUUACAUCCUCAACAAGCGCUAUGAGGAGGAGGAAGAUGAGGAGGAGGAGGAGGAGGAGGAGGAAGGGGUCCCCGGCCCCCCAGUCCAGCUGGCCGUGGAUGACUCCUCAGACGAGGGCGAGCUGUUUCUGAAGAAACAGGAGGACUUUGAGCAUAAGUACAACUUCCGCUUCGAGGAGCCGGACUCAGCCUUGGUCAAGACCUACCCUCGGAGCAUCGCGUCCUCCGUGCGCCGCAAGGAUGAGCGCAGGAAGGAGAGGAGGGAGGAGACGAGGGAGAGAAAGAAGAGGGAGAAAGCGAAGAAGCAGGAAGAGCUGAAGCAACUCAAGAACCUGAAGAGGAAGGAGAUUCUGGCCAAGCUGGAGAGGCUGCGGCAGGUCACAGGCAACGAGACCCUGGGCUUUGAGGAGCGGGACCUGGAGGAGGACUUCGACCCCACCCGGCACGACCAGCUCAUGCAGAGGUGCUUCGGGGCCGAAUACUACGGCACGACGGAGGAGGAGAAGCCACAGUUUGAGGAAGAGGAAGGGCUGGAAGACGACUGGAACUGGGACACGUGGGCCGGGCCCGAGCAGGGCGGAGCGUGGAGCCUGGAGGAGCCGCACUGUGAGGACCCCGACUUCAAUAUGGACGCCGACUACGACCCCAGCCAGCCCCGGAGGAGGCAGCGCGAGGCCCCCUCGACGGGCAAGAGGAAGCGCAAGUCGCCUUUCGCGGCGGCCGUGGGGCGGGAGAAGCCGGUGUUCGAGCCGGGGGACAAGACCUUCGAGGAGUACCUGGACGAGUAUUACCGGCUGGACUACGAGGACGUCAUCGACGACCUGCCCUGUCGCUUCAAGUACCGCGCCGUGGUGCCCUGCGACUUUGGGCUGAGCACUGAGGAGAUCCUCGCGGCUGAUGACAAGGAGCUGAACCGGUGGUGCUCUCUGAAGAAGACCUGCAUGUACAGGUCGGAGCAGGAGGAGCUGCAGGACAAGCGGGUGUACAGCCAGAAGGCCCAGAACUCAUGGAAAAAGAGGCAGAUCUUCAAGUCGCUGUGCCCGGAGGAGUCGGAGACGCCCACGGAAGCCACAGGGAAGCCGCGGAGAGACAACGCGGGCUCGCAGGGGCAGCUGGCGGCGCCCGAUGGGGCCUGCGGGAAGCAGCCCCGGCCUGGGAGCCCCCCGGCACAAGAAGGGGCGGCCCCGGAGUCGCCGGAGUCGCGCACUGAGCAGCCAGCCCCCCCGAGGCGGAGGAGGGGCAAGAAGGCGCGGCUCCUGGGCCCCACGGUGACCCUCGGUGGCCGCGAGUUCAGCCGCCAGAGACUCCAGGCUUUCGGCCUCAACCCCAAGCGGCUGCACUUCCGCCAGCUGGGCCGGCAGCGCAGGAAACAGCAGGCACCCAAGAGCGGCCCCUGAGCCCCAGGGAGCGGCCAGGGGCCCCCGGG